AUGGACGAAGAGGAAACAUAUUCCCUCACCUCGACGAUUCGAAAUCACGAAUAUUUCGGACAUCGCAGAUACCAUGCCUACCAUGCUGGGGAAUACUUCAUGCCGAACGACGAGGAGGAACAGGAACGUUUGGAUCUGAUGCACCAUUUGUUUCUCCUCAGCUACGACGAAAAGCUCUAUAGUGCCCCCAUUCCAAAGAACAUUGGGCGCACCCUAGAUGUUGGAUGUGGCACAGGGAUUUGGGCUAUAGAUUUUGCGGAUGCCCACCCCACAGCCAAAGUCAUCGGUACAGAUCUUUCUGCCAUACAACCGGGCUACAUCCCUGAGAACCUGCAGUUCGAGGUUGACGACGCUGAGGAGGACUGGCAGUAUAACCAUCUGUUUGAGUUCAUUCAUAUCCGGGGUAUGGGCGGAUCGAUAAAGGAUUGGCCACGGUUACUGCAGCAAGCAUAUGACAACCUGGCACCAGGAGGUUGGAUCGAAUUGGUCGAAUUUGAUGCGUGGGCUUCAACUGAUGAUAACAGCCUUCCUGAAUCGUCAGCUUAUAAUCAGUUUCAGACCCUCUUGGGAGAAGCGUCGGAAUUGUUCGGCAAGCCGGUAAACGUGGCAAGGGACUUCCGGGGAUUUGUGGAGACUGCAGGUUUCGUGAAUAUUGGGGAGGACAAUCGAAAGAUACCAUUAUCACCUUGGCCAACGGAUAAGAAACAGAGGAGGCUCGGUAACUAUAUGCAGAUGGCCAUGUCAGAGUCUCUGGAGCCCUAUGCCCUUGCUCUGUUUACGAAGAUGUUGAACUGGGACAACAUCAUGAUACAAGCCCUGCUCGCUGGGGCAAGGAACGAUCUUAAGAAUAUGGAUUACCAUAUAUAUACCAUUCUGUAA